UUGCUCUUUUUAAACAUGAAUGUUUUGAAUGARUGUAAUGUUUUAUUAGGCUGGAAUGUUUUACAAGACAAAACGCAAAGGCGACGAUGGGAGAAUCACUUUUCGACCGUYGUUAUUGUUCCAGUCAUGAAUAAUUUGGGGCACAGGCUUCAGGAGACACUACAGUUGAUUGCUAAGGACAAACGCUUUGGAGCCAAUCCAUUACUUCGUCAGUUGUAUGAAUUAGAGUCAGGUGCAGAAGACCUCACAAGGUCAAUAACACCGAAUUGCACAGCUCUGUGGAGAUACAGGACACCAAUCACAUUGAAUCACGUGACAAGGAAGUUUAAUGAGUCUGCAGUCGCUCGGUCAGCGGAUUGUGUCAUCCUUGGCGAAUUCCUGAAGCAGGAACAUGAUUURCGAGUCGUCAAGCAUCUACCAGAUGUUGUCAAGUUGCAGAAGCUUUUAAUGGAUCGAUACCAUCGAUCACUGGACAGGACCGAGACGGAUAAAAUAAAGCUGAAAGAUUUCUACAGACAAAUCCCAAAAGGUUGUACUUCACUCUUAAAUCUGAGCGGUCUCUUGCCUUUUUCGUCCCAUUCAUCAUUUUAGAUGGAGAGGGUUG